CCUGUUUUAUUCUAUUUAGCGUAAUUGCUACAUUACUACUGUACAGUCUGUAUGCUAUGAAGACAUGGACAAAUUCACAGCGGAGCUCUUUCAAGGCGUUUAAAUGUUAUUUUGAGGAUAUGGUUUAAGUAUAUGUGAUACAUCAAAGUUUCAAAAGAGGUAUAAUACAUCAUGGAUAACCAUGCAUACAACGAUUCUUCUACCCCAAAUAACUUAAUUGACUUACAACCAAAUACUACAGAACAUUUGUCAGAAUUUGACCCGUUUGCACCAACUGUGCAAAAAGUGACACGAAAACCGAGCAGGCCACCACCCCCACCCCCAAAUGUGCCUCCGAGAAGAACAAAUACAGUUUCCGAGCCUCUGAGCCAGUCUGCUUUAACCACGGACCUUGUAAACUUGGAUUUGGACCCAAAAACUGAGCCGAAAUUGGUCAAUGUCAGUAAAGAUGACCCCCCAGCGAGCAUUAUGCAUUUGGACAAUUCGGGUCAAAAAUAUCCAGAUCUACCGAGACCAAAGUCAUCUUCUUUUGUGAGCUAUAUUAGCCCGACAGCCCCAAAACCUAUGGAAAUCGUGACAAAUCAAAACAAUAUAAAUUCAAGCGAUAGCAGUCGUGCAGGCAUGCACGAUGUGGGGAGAUCGGCGUUUUCGAACUUUGAAGGAUCAACUGGUAAAAAUGAGUUGACGUCUCAUUUGCUUGAAAGGGAUAAGUUGAUGCCGCUCUAUAUGGCCAAGCGACAAGAUGACUAUACCUCAACUGCACCUUUCAAUGUAUUUGUUGGGACUUGGAACGUGAAUGGUCAGUUACCAACUGAACCAUUAGAUGCUUGGGUUAGUAGUGAAGCUACCCCACCGGAUGUAUAUGCAAUUGGGUUCCAAGAGCUUGAUUUGAGCAAAGAAGCUUUUGUAUUCACUGAGUCAUCACGAGAAGAAGAAUGGAUGAGAGCUGUCAAGCAGGCCCUGCAUCCUGGUGCUUCAUAUAAACUGGUAAAACACAUACGUUUGGUCGGUAUGAUGUUAUUGGUGUUUGCUCAGGAUCGCCACCUUCAGGAUAUAACAGCAGUGGCUUCGCACCAUGUUGGAACUGGAUUGCUCGGAAAAAUGGGAAACAAGGGAGGUGUUGGGAUCCGUAUCAUGCUCCACAACUCCUCUUUAUGCUUCAUCAACUCCCAUCUUGCUGCUCAUCUGGAGGAGAUUCAGCGAAGGAACCAAGAUUACGAGGAUAUUUGCUCCAGGAUGAAAUUCCCAGAUCCUGAAGGACAAUCUAUAUCUGUGUUUAGUAACGAUGUCUUGAUAUGGCUCGGUGACUUGAAUUAUCGAAUUGAUAAACUUCCUCUUGAAACGGUAAAAGAGAGAAUAGAGAAAGGACAAUAUGAAAAACUAAAAGAACACGAUCAGCUAACAAACCAGCGGCGAGAGGGUAACGUCUAUCCCGAUUUCGAGGAGGGUGACCUGACGUUCCGACCCACUUAUAAAUAUAACCCCGGCACUGAUGAAUGGGACACCAGCGAGAAAUGUCGAUGUCCUGCGUGGUGUGAUCGUAUAUUGUGGAAAGAAUCGGCCAAAGCUAAACCAAGAAAAACAAAAAGAAAAGACUUAGUUCAACUGCUGAAGUACCAAGCUCACUUAUCAUUAAAAAUAAGUGACCACAAGCCUGUUAGUGCUGUAUUUAAAAUCAAUGUAAAAGUAAUAAACCGUGAAUUGUAUCGGAAAGUUUACGAAGAAGAAAUUCGAAGACUGGACAGAAUGGAGAACGAAUGGCUGCCUACUAUGGUGCUAAACCAACACUCACUCGAAUUUGGGACAGUAAAGUUUCAGCAAGCAGUCCAGAGGACAGUAGAAAUACUUAACACUGGACAAACACCUUGUCAUUUUGAGUUUAUCGGCAAACUUGGAGAAAAAGCGUUUUGUAAACCUUGGUUGACAGUUGGUAAACCUAAAGGAUAUGUUUUGCCAGGUGAUAAACUGGUUAUUGAGUUUGAGGUGUACGUGAAUAAGAACACAGCCCCUUCACUAAACAAAGAGGAAGACAAGAUAGAAGAUAUUUUAAUUCUACAUCUUGUUGGGGGCAAGGAUUUUUUCAUCACUGUAAACGGCAAAUACUCCCCCAGUUGUUUUGGUACUUCCAUUGAAGCUUUAUGCUGGAUGAAAAAACCUAUUGAACAAAUGGAUAGAAAAGAACUAACUAGACUGAGCUGUACAGAGUCGAGAGAUUGGCAAGUCAACAAUGAGAAGCAUCAUUCAUCGCAAAUGCUAAAUGUACCCAAAGAAUUAUGGAGGCUACUUGAUCAUUUAUACCAAUAUGCAAGACACCAGCCAGAUCUGUUCCAACAACCUGGUUUACACGAAGAAUUAAAAAUGAUCCAGGAAAACUUGGAUUCCCAGCUCCCCACUGUUGGUACUCCACUGCCAGGAUCCAACCACUCGGUGGCAGAAGCGCUCCUUAUAUUUCUUGAAGCGUUACCCGAACCAGUUAUCCCGUUUGAAUAUUACAACAUGUGUUUACAACUUUAUAAUAACUAUGAUCAGGGCCAAGAGUUAAUACACAAGAUGCCUCCCCACCAUGUUAAUGUGUUCAACUACAUUAUCUCAUUCCUACAAGAACUACCAAAGUAUGAAGAAAAUGGGUUGAAUCUUCAUUUACUUGCUACCAUCUUCAGUGGUUUAUUAUUACGGCCAUCAUCUGUACAAAGGAAACAAAACACCGAGGGUAGAAUGGAUAGGAUGAAAGCCACAAGCUUUAUUGAGAUGUUUUUGAAAAAGAAACUUAUAGAAUAAAAAAUGUACGAAAAUGUUCAAUUUUUGUUCUGAGAACAAAAUGAAAAAAGGGAUUUUUUAGUCUGUUUUUAGUUUAGUGUGUGUUUAUUUUUUAAUGGGGUAAUUUUUACUUGACGGCAAAUUUUUGGCAAGUUGCAGUUGUUCUGGCCAGUUUUAAUCUAAGGUGCUUUAUGGCCAAUAUGUAUGGGCCAUAUAUAUAUAUAUAUAUAUAUAUAUAUAUCAAUACAAAUAUACAAUGCUGCGGAAUCCCAGAUUCUGUCAUGCGUAACUAUUAAAAAUUUAUCACUUUUUUUGUGAAAACUUGUCUUAAAAAAUUGUCCACAGUUUUAUUUAAGUUAUAAAUGCCACAUAAAUUAAUAUAGAAUUACUACGCCCUUUAACUCAGUGGUAAACCUUGCCAAUUAUGUCGUGUUAGCAAUAUAUUUGUGUCCAUUUAUCUGGCUUUGCUUAUUUAAAGCCUACUUACUUCAAAGUACAAUAUAGUGUUAACCCAGUAUGUAUGUAACCAGUGGCGCAGCCAGGGGGGUUUUCAGUGGGUCGUGACCCCCCCCUUUUAAACCCCAAAAAAUAUUAAAAAAAAAUAUUUUUUUUUAAUCAAAUUUUUUUUGAUUGAAACUCCCUCAUUAUUUUUGUUCUGGCUGCGCCACUGUAUGUAACGCACAUGUUGUUAUAAGUAUGUGUUAAAACAUGGUUAAAAUUACUCAAUUAUACAUUAUGUAAUUUUAAUCUCAUAGUAUUUAUGUCUUUCAGUAACCCUUGAUACACAGUUUAAUUGAAAAUCCCAAAUAACCUUGUCGAUAUUAGUUCAUUUUUAAAUUAAAACCUCGUUUUUUUUUCUGAAUAUUUGGAUUGUUUUUUGUAAUGUAUUUUUUUCACAAUAAUGUGCAAUAUCAUGUGGCAUCCAAAUUUACAAUGUUGAAAAGUUUACAAGCAGGACCCAUGUCUUCGAAAUGGUGUUUCCAUAUUUUUACUUCACCGCAUUGUGUUUGUGUUUUCAAAUAAAUUUAAAUACCUAAUGUG